AUGUUGUUUGUAAAUUGCCCAGUCAAAGAAAAAUCUCCUAUUGAAACAUUAAUUGAUACAGGCGCUAACACAGAUUUAAUUACCCAAAAAUUCAUUAACAAGUUGGGUUUAGUACAUUAUGUAAAUGAAAGCAAUUGUCCCGAAUUACAAACUCCUGAUGGAUCAUUUUCUGUAUUAGGAAAGGUUGAACUGCAAACUAGUUUUAGCAGAGCUAGUUCCACUAAUGUUGAUGGGAAGCACAUAAGUACCGAUCCCGUUGAAUUCUUGGUUGUUGGACCAGAUUGGCAUGGACCUGAUUUAAUGUUAGGAAAACCAUGGUUGCAAAAAAUGGCACAACGAUUGAUAUGUAUGUCUCAAAUUAAUGUUUUGGAUAUAUUACCUUUAUUGUCCUUGAUUGCUAUUCUCACGUGGUUUUCUAUUAGACUUGCUAAACUGAAUGCCGAACUUAAUGCACGUGAUGCUAACUUCACUGCGGAGGUGCAGAGAAUCUUGUUGUUGAUUAAUUCUUUUACCACGAGACUUGAUGAAAUUGAACAAGUUCUUGAACGCUACAAUAAUCACUUUGGUAGAAUUUCAUCCGAAUUUGAUUCAAUUAAUGAAUCUAUCACAACAUUCCAACCUCUAUUUAAUCAACAUCAUGCAAUCAUCCAAAGAAUCGAACAAGAUCAGCAAAGUGAAACGAACCUAUCUGAAGAUUCUUCCAAUUCACACAAUUCCUCUAUUAAUUCUUCUUAUUCUCCUAAUUCCUCUGCUAGUUCUUCAAGCCAGCAAUCAUUUUCAGGAAUUACAUUAACUAUCUGGACUCGCUUUAAACAGAUCUUUGAUAGGGAUAUGGCUCAGAGAAGAUAUACUUUUGACAAAAUGUGUUAUUCCGUAGCCAUGCGCAUUCGUGAACUUGGAGGAGAUAUUAGAAGUGGUAGUUGUAAAUCAAGUAUCAUGGACCAAAUUGGUUCAUGGAUAGAUAGUAUGGAGUAG